GAGAGGCGGGCGCUAGGGAGGGGCGAGGGGAGCGCCAGCGAGCGGGAGAAGGAGCCGGGGAGGAAGAGGGUGAGGACGAGUCGCGCCUGGCGGCCGGGUUGGCUGCGGCCGCCCAGAGGCUCUGCCAGUCCUCCCACCGACUACACCCCGGGAAGGAGGAGCUUCAGGCGCGCACAAGGCGUCAGAAUCCUCAAUUUCCAACUUAGCAUCUUGGCAGGACCUUUGCGAAGCCAAAAGCGGAGCCCCCCGGUGCAAAGAGCGAGGGGGGAAAAAAGAGAGAAAGCAGCAAGGGAGGGGAAGGGGGAGGGAAAAAAAGCCCAGCCGGGGCGAGCGAGGCGCGCAGAGGAGCGGACGCGGCGGGCGCAGCCGAAGGCGCGCGGGAAGCCAGCGAGAAAGGCGCCGCGGGCCCGAGAGCCGGGGCCCGAGGAGCGGCGGCCCAGGGCAGCCCAGAGGCUAGGUGCCCUCCCGCUCGCCCUCGCAGGGCGCCGCCCGGCUGGUUGGCGGCCGCAGCGCGGCGCGCCCCAUGCCCGUGUGUGGCCAUGUCCUACCCGCAGGGCUACUUGUACCAGCCGUCCGCCUCGCUGGCGCUCUACUCGUGCCCGGCGUACAGCACCAGCGUCAUCUCGGGGCCCCGCACGGAUGAGCUCGGCCGCUCGUCCUCGGGCUCCGCGUUCUCGCCCUACGCUGGCUCCACUGCCUUCACGGCGCCCUCGCCGGGCUACAACUCGCACCUCCAGUACGGCGCCGACCCCGCGGCCGCCGCCGCUGCCGCCUUCUCCUCGUACGUGGGCUCUCCCUACGACCACACGCCCGGCAUGGCCGGCUCCCUGGGCUAUCACCCAUAUGCAGCGCCCCUGGGCUCCUACCCAUACGGGGAUCCCGCAUACCGGAAGAACGCCACGCGGGACGCCACCGCCACGCUCAAGGCCUGGCUCAACGAGCACCGCAAGAACCCCUACCCCACCAAGGGCGAGAAGAUCAUGCUGGCCAUCAUCACCAAGAUGACCCUCACCCAGGUGUCCACCUGGUUCGCCAACGCGCGCCGGCGCCUCAAGAAGGAGAACAAGAUGACGUGGACGCCGCGGAACCGCAGUGAGGACGAGGAGGAGGAGGAGAACAUUGACCUCGAGAAGAACGAUGAGGACGAGCCCCAGAAGGCCGAGGACAAGGGCGACCCUGAGGGUCUCGAAGCAGGAGGAGCGGAGCCAAAGGCGGCUUCGGGCUGCGAGCGGCUGCAGGGGCCGCCCACCCCCGCCGGCAAGGAGACCGAGGGCAGCCUCAGCGACUCGGAUUUUAAGGAGCUGCCCUCUGAGGGCCGCCACGACACCCUACCCGUGCCACCCCGCGUCGGUGGGCCCUCUCCAGCCGGUCCCACGGCGGCGCGGCUGGCGGAGGACCCCGCGGCCUCACACUACCCCGCGGGCGCGCCGGCCCCCGGCCCGCAUCCAGCUGCGGGAGAGCUGCCCCCGGGACCCGGAGGGCCUUCCUCAGUCAUCCACUCGCCGCCGCCACCACCGCCACCGCCACCGCCGCCUGCGGUACUCGCCAAGCCCAAACUGUGGUCUCUGGCAGAGAUCGCCACAUCCUCGGACAAGGUCAAGGAUGGGGGCGGCGGGAGCGAGGGCUCCCCGUGCCCACCGUGCCCCGGGCCGGUAGGCGGGCCAGCCCUGGCGGGCAGCCGUGCGUCACCGGCCCCAACACCAUCGCGCUCGCCCUCGGCGCAGUGUCCUUUCCCGGGCGGCACAGUGCUGUCCCGGCCUCUAUACUACACCGCGCCCUUCUAUCCCGGCUACACGAACUAUGGCUCCUUCGGACACCUUCAUGGCCAUCCAGGGCCCGGGGCAGGCGCCACCAGCGCCCCGGGCUCCCAUUUUAAUGGAUUAAACCAGACGGUGUUGAACCGAGCGGACACUUUGGCUAAAGACCCGAAAAUGUUGCGGAGCCCGUCGCAGCUAGACCUGUGCAAAGACUCCCCCUAUGAAUUGAAGAAAGGUAUGUCCGACAUUUAACGCGGGCUGCGUGGGUCCUGGACUUUCCUAAUUUAUUAACAAACAUGGCCUUGGCAGUUAUUUUUCCAUCACUGAGACAGAGAGACAGAGAGAAAUAAACUACCCCUCCUAUUCAGAAGUUUAUAGUUUAUGGAGGUGGCUGACAUAAAAAAAUGUAAACAUCUCCACACACCCACACACAUACACACACAAUGUCUUAACCAACAGAAAAGAAAAAAAAAAAAUAAAAAGAAGGAUUUGUAUUAAAUCUAUUCUGUAUAUUUAAUGUAGCAUUUUUGUAUUUAAAUUGAUAAUUCAAUAUCUUUGAAGUAAAUUAUAAAAUCAAGACACCUGUACAGGCAUUUAAUGUUUCUUUUUUUGUAAUAUAAAUAUAUACAUUUGUGUUUCCCCCUUGCCCUCCCCGCCAGAAAAAAUCUGUUUCACAGUUUAAAAAUACAAGUUUAAUUUAAAUUUUUUACACCUAUUGAUUUUUUUGUGUGUGGGUAUGAGCCUAAAGUAUUAUUACAGAAAGGAAACAGGUUAUACGCUUAGAUUUAAAAAGUAAAACAAACAAACAAACAAACAAACAAACUGAGGCCGCCUUUGUAAAAUGCAAAAUAUUUAAUUAAAAGAGAUUUUAACAUA